AUGAAAACGAUGUCGUGUUGUUUCGGCAAAAAUACCACGGGCAAAGAUCCACAAAAGUCUAUCUCUGAUCAAUCCGAAUCACCGGCAAAUCGACCUAUUAUUCAAGUCAGUAAACCUACCAUUCCCAGAAUUGUAUAUUCGAUUACUGUGAAAACUGGUGAUUUUCGGAAUUCUGGAACUAAUGGGCCUGUUUAUAUUAAUAUAUUCAGUCGAGAUAACAAACAGACGGGUGAUGUUUUGUUAACUGCAUCUGACAAGUCAUUUUUACAAGGAAGUACACGAAGAUUCCAAAUAACUGCGAUCGAUAUUGGCAAACCACAACGUGUGAUUGUUCGACAUGAAGAUACAGCGACUGGAUGGUAUAUCGAUUAUGUGGAAAUAUCGGUUCAUAAUUUCCUUGUUCGAUUUGUUGCGAAUCGAUGGUUAAGUCAUUCGAAAAAUGAUCGAAAAUUAGAGGCAGAGUUGUUUGGAUCAGAGCAACCAGCGGUUUCCUAUGAUAUUGAAGUCGAAACUGGUGAACAGCAAGUAGAAACGUUAGAUUCUCCAGUUUAUAUACAAGUCUAUGGAGCUACGACCGCGACACCGAAACUUUUCUUAGAAGCAAAAAAUGCUGCUUUUAAAAAAGACUCGAUAUCCAAAUUUAACGUAUCCAGUAAUAAUGUCGGAGAGAUCGAACGCAUUGUCAUCGGCCACGAAGGAUUAGGUACAAUCAAUGAUUGGCAUUUAAAAUCUGUUAAAAUUCUUGUUUCAUCUCAAUCGAAAAAAUAUACCGUUGAUACGCUGUUAAGUCCAACGCUGAGCGAAAAGCGGUUAUUUAUUGAGUUACCGAUUCAAGAACCGCAGUCGCCAUCGCCUCCUCCUGCGAAAUACUUGAUUGCUAUUCAAACAAGUGAUGUGCCUCAAGCAGUUACUACAGAUAGUGUAGAAAUCAUCGUACGAGGAUCGAAUGGGCAAAUCCCAAAGACAUUAUUGAAAGACCAUGCAAAGAUGAAAGACGAAUUAGUAUUUCAAAAAGGAAAUAUCGAUGAGUUUGAAAUUGAACACCCGGAUAUUGGAACAAUUGAAAGUGUUACUAUCGGUUUUAGCGACAGUCAACAGACAGUAGCUUGGCUACUGGAAUCCAUCAUUAUUCAGUACCAAGAAACAAUCUAUCAAUUUCAACCUCAGUGCUGGCUUUCCAGUCGGCUGGGUUCGAAUUUCAGUUGGAUAACGGUCGAACCGGGUGAAAAUAAUAGAUAUGUUAAUUACAAGGUGAUUAUUGUCACUGGAGAGUCGGGAAUCGAUGCGAAUGCGAUUUUAUGUAUUUUCGGCGAGAAAGACACGACAGCGAAUUUGCCGUUGAGAACGGCGAAGGAUGGAUCACCUGCAAAAUUCGAUCAGGAUAGUACACUCGAAUUUGACAUAAAAGCGGAAGAUGUUGGAAAAAUUAAAAAGAUUAACAUCGGACAUGAUGGAAAUGAUAGUAAACAAGAAUGGUUCCUAAAGUCGAUUCAUAUUGAAAAGAAGGAUGAACAAUAUUCAUUUCAAGCUAAUCGAUGGUUAAGCGUGGAAAAAGAUGAUCAGAAGACUUAUAUCGAUCUCGUACCAGAUGAGCCGAAAUCGAAAAAAGAUCAAGCCAAGUAUUUAAUAACGAUUGUGACAGGUUCCGGAAAAGAUGCUGGCACUGAUUCCGGCGUUUUCAUGGUAGUUGAGGGUGAUAAAGAUCGAACAGAACGAUUUCAACUAGUAAAUACGAAGCGAGGAGAGAAAGCUCUGUUUGAAUCGGGUACAACAAAUGAAUUUGAAAUGGAACUCGACGAUGUGGGAAAUAUUCAUAGAAUUAUGAUCGAACACGAUGGUCAAGGCGAUCAUCCACAAUGGCAUUUGGAAUCGGUUCAAAUUCAAAAAGGAUCCGACCAAUACAAUUUUAUUGCAAAACAAACUCUUAAUCAAACAACUCCAUUGCUCAGUCUAACUCCAACGCCAACAAAAUCAACGCCAAGCCCCGAGCCCAUUGAACAAAAAUCGUCUCGUAGUAUGACACCAAUCAAAGAGAUGACUUAUAAAGUUUCCAUUCAAACAAGUACAACUCAGAAAGAUGAAAUAAAAGAUCUAGCGAAUGUUUAUCUCACACUUUAUGGAGAAGGCGAUCAAACCGAAAGAUUAUAUCUAAACGAUUCAACAGAAACCUUCACGAUCAAACCAGGUGAACGAAAUGAUUUUCAGUUUAAAACGACUGAUGUUGGCAAAAUUUCCAAAAUUGUUAUUGGACACAAUGACUCUGAAAAACAGUUCACGUGGCAUAUCGAUCACGUUAUUAUCAAUGGAAACAUAACAUUCAAUGCUGAACAAACCGUAGGUCCAAAUUCUGAACUCGAACUACGUCCAUCGACUAUUCCAAAGAAAACAGAGAUUACAUACGAAGUUCUUCUUCGUACUGGCGCAUACCAUCAAGAAGGGUCAGCAAGUAACAUCUAUUUAACAAUCUUCGGCAAGAAUGGACAAACAACAAAAUUUGCGUUAAAUAAAACAACACGCAAAACUCGAAGAAAAUCGUUCAAAACUGAUGAUGAAAUCGAAUUUGAAUUCAAAGCACACGAUGUUGGAAAAAUUUCCAAAAUCAUUCUCAGUCAAAAUCCUCACGAAGAAGGAAUUCAAUGGCAUAUUGAUCGCCUUACAAUCAUACAUAACAAUGAGAAAACAACAUUUCACAUUCAACGCAAAAACAUGAAAACAACUGAAAUCGAGCUAAUUCCAUUAGCGAAUCCAAAACAAACAGAAUCGCCACGUAGAACAGUGAAAAUAAUAGAUCCGAUAUCCAAAACAGCUGCUAAAAUGAAAGGUAGGCAGUAA